CCAGCUGAAACCUACAAUCUGCGAUUUCUUGCAAGUGCAAAAGGCACCCGCACUGGAAACUAACCUUGGACAAGCUGGAUACAGUCAUGAUAUCGGGGCUUUUAAGCGCAAACAAAUGUAAUGGUCAAACUAUACUAUACUAAACCUCUCGCAAUGAAAAUAUGUUACCUCGUUACGUGAUCACCCAUGAGUUAAAGUAUUCUGAAUUUUGGGACCACGAAUUAUCCUUUCUAUGUAUCACUUAAAUUACGGGACGGGAACAUAACUCUAUCUAACAUGGAUCCAGGUCUCACUGAUGUUCAGCAAACAGAGGACAGGGAACCAGAAGAAUCGACAGGUCCUCGAUCAAGGAUGUCAAGACAGCAGAUACUCACACUAAUAUCUAUGGCGUCUGUAAACUUCAGCUCAAUGAUUUGCUACUCCAUUUUAGGACCAUUUUUCCCGAACGAGGCAGUAAAGAAAGGAGUGAACCAGACCACCAUUGGCCUGAUAUUUGGGUGUUAUGCUGUAUGCAAUCUGAUUGGUGCCUUGGUUCUGGGUAAAUAUAUUGUCCAGAUAGGGGCGAAGUUCAUGCUUAUCGCAGGCUUAUUUGUCUCUUCAGGAUGCACAAUUAUUUUUGGGUUGCUGGACAGAGUUCCCGAAGGAACACCUUUCAUCGUGCUCUGUUUCAUCAUACGCUCUGUCGAUGCUGUGGGCUUCGCUGCAGCCAUGACCUCCUCCUUCGCAGUUUCAGCAAAAGUUUUCCCAAACAAUAUAGCAACUGUUUUGGGGAGCUUGGAGAUAUUUACAGGGUUGGGUCUCAUUUUGGGGCCGCCUCUCGGGGGUUGGUUGUACCAGUCAUUUGGAUAUGAAGUUCCCUUUAUGACGCUGGGCUGCUUCCUGUUUCUGAUGGUCCCCUUCAAUAUCUAUAUACUACCACACUUUGAUGCUGAUCCGACUAAGGAUUCCUUCUUCCGGCUGUUUAGUCAUCUGAAGAUUGUGCUGAUCUGCUUCAUCAUAUUCACCCUCAGCUCUGGGCUGGGCUUUCUGGACGCCACCCUGUCCUUGUAUGCCAUUGACAAGUUUAAUCUCUCCCCAGGUUUUGUGGGACUCCUCCUUCUAGGCUUGUCCUUACCUUACUGUGUGGCAUCGCCUAUCCUGGGCAUUAUCAGUGACAAGUUUCCUUCGACCAGGAGUUGGUUCAUGGUGGUUGGAGGCUUCACCACAGCGCUGGCCUUCUGCUUCCUGGGCCCUCUCCCACUAUUACACAUUCAAAGUCAGCUUUGGCUGUUGGUGUUCAUGCUAGGCGUCAUUGGGUUCUCCCUGGGCAUGACAGCCAUACCGACCUACCCAGAGAUGCUUCUCUGUGCACUUGAAAAUGGAUUUGAGGAGGGGCUUGGUACACUUGGACUGGUAUCAGGAUUGUUUGGAGCGGUUUGGUCCAUCGGGAUGUUUUGUGGUCCAACACUCGGUGGCUUUCUCACGCAACAUCUGGGUUUUGAGUUUGCUGCAGCUAUCCAGGGAGGACUGGCGUUUCUGGCGGCCUCCCUUCUUGGCUUGUACUAUCUCUCUCGAAGAAUCUGCUAUCUGAGAUUUCUUGGAGGAUUUCCUCUGGUUCUUUGGCUGACUGUGCUGUUUUGUCUGGACCCCAGGGUUUCACAUGAGAGCAGGUUUGAAGCCACCAAUGAAAGGACUCCUCUUCUCAACACUGAUCUCUUACCAGUGGCUGUCUGAACUAGACACACCAGAACUCCAUCACGUUCUUCAUGGAACUUUGUCUUGCCAAGCGAAGCAAAACGAUCAGAUUUUAUAUUUGUAUGUAUUGUAUAAGUCUUUGAUGUGUAUAUGACAUUUUUGUAGCAGCAGAAUGUAAUGUCUUUAUACAUGGGAGACACAUUGUUUCAUCAAUGACUAAUAAGGGUUAUGUUGUUUUGAUUGAAAUAUAAUUUUAAGUGAACCGCAGAACCAAACCGUCUGACACUUAAAACCCCUCAAUCUGGUUUAACUACACAGGGUGAAGAAAAUAAGUAAUCAGUAGUAUCUUUAGGUUUUGCCACCCAGAUGCAGCUAAUCAAGCCGUCAGCCAGCAAACCAACCAAUUAUCCAGCCUGCUGUUCAACCAACCAGCUAGCCAGUUCAUCACUCUCCCGUUUCUUAGUUGAGGUGAAUUGUCUUCCGAUUAUUGUUUGUGCAAUGAAUAGCAAAGGGCUCAGGUAACAGGUUGCAUUGUAAACAUUUGUGCUGUGCUUGUGCAGCAGUGUGUUAACGCCGGGCCACUCCACACCCCAUGACUAGGAUUGCUCCUGGCUGAGCUGUGUGUGGCAGCUCCUGGCUGCUGAUCCUUAUCAGGGCAGGGGAGACAGAAUGACCAGAGUUCAGUUACUUAAUGAGUAGGCUUGGUUAAUGGUCAUUGUCCAUGAAACACAUUAGUUUCAGGUUAAGUAUUGUGAUAUAGUUUUUAUGAAUCAAAAUGGCAAAGUGAAAGUUCCCAUUGUAUUUGAAGAUUCAUUAUGCCAAAUUCUGACACUUCUACUAGGCAAGAAAUCUAAGAAGGAAAUGUCUUAAGAGUGCCAAGAAAUGUAUUGAACAUGGUUACAAAAUAAACCACCCAGAUGCAGUAAUCCACAUUUGAUUAAGAAAAAAAUGGGAUACAAAUAGACAACAAAACCCACCUGGCAACUAUUAUUAAAUGCUCCAUGCUACUGCAAAAGGGUUACAAACUUUCUUAAUCUCUGACAGGCUAAGAAAAUAGCUCUAUAGCAUUACAUAAAUGUCUGGUUAAAAAACACUGCUUAUGAGAAUUUUAGAUAUGUUCACUGCAAUAAAUACAAACAUGAAUGUAUCAAAA